AUGAUCUUCGAGGUUAUAUCAACCAUUGUGAUCUUCAAACUUCCUCCAGAGAUCAUCAGGGAGAUUCUCCUGUGGCUUCCUGCCAAAUCAAUCGGGAGAUUCAGGUGCGUCUCGAAGCUCUUCUGCUCACUCUCAUCAGAUCAAGGGUUCGCAAAGAGCCACCUAGGUCUAACCAUUCACCGGAAACUCAUCAUAUCUGGACAUAACCUGUACGCAUUGGACUUCGAUGGAAUCGGCGAUGGCUUCGAAGGAAUUAUAGAUUUGGUAGGAGUAGAGCUUAACUAUCCGCUUAAAGAGGUUCCGAGUAAAUUCGCUGAGUUGAUUCAUAGAAUCAUUAGAGAGGAUGCUGUGGUGGGCGACGAGUUGAUUGACCUCAAUACGGAACUGUAUCUAAGCAAAUGUGUUCAGUUUAUCAGAUACUCGAACGGCUUAGUGUGUAUUUCUCCAGCUGCUGACGCGGUUUUCUUGUAUAACCCAACCACCGGAGAUUCCAAGAGAUUACCUGAGCUCGCCAGAGGAAAAGAAUAUCAAACUCAUGUCCACUACGCUAGUGUGUAUUCGGGUGUAUGAGACCGCUGUGUUCGACUAAUAACAGUGAUGAGGUUCUCCUGGAGUUUGAUAAAGAGAUGGUAUUGUACAA